AUGGCGAACGAAAGUAGCGAUAUUUCUGCAACGAAAUCUGACAAAAUUUCCCAAGGCGGUCAAACCGAAGAACCGGACGAUGAUAAGACAAAAGCAAGCAAAAAUUGGAUCUGGCUAGAUGAUUGUUUCGGCGGCAAAAAGCUCGUAGUCUAUAAGACGUUCUACUUCUUUUUCUACGGAGCCUUUGGCAUCAUAAUCGCCUAUCUGCCAUUGUAUUUCAAACAACUAGGCCUUCUUGCGAGCCACGUUGGGCUGCUAACGGGCGCACGACCGUUACUUCAGUCGGUAGGGGCUCCGUUUUGGGGAAUGCUCGCCGAUAAAUUAAGGAUUCGAAAGACGAUUCUAUUGGCAGGCUUGAUCGCAUUCACUUUCAAGACUGUGCUUUUCAUGGGUUUUCGACCGAGCCAUCAGACAUGUGAAAUCAAUUAUAUCAACAAGACUCAUAACAUUAAAACGGUAACGGCGAUUUCGCAUAACGCCGACAAGUUUAAAAGAGGCUUUCACUUGUUCCCUAUGACAGCGCAAGGCACGCAAAGCGAUAUAUGCGAGAAUGCUGCCUUCGUCACUAAACGGACACUAAACAACGAGAUGUGUUUCAUUUCCAAUACACCAAACACAAGAGCAACUAAACAAAACACAAGAGAAACUAAACGAACCCCAAGAGACGUAGUAUUUUCCAAGGUAACACGUAGACACGACAGGAAGCACUCCGAGAAGAGAGCGGAUAUUUUAAAGCGGAAAAAAUCUCGUGAUUUAAACGGGAAAACCAUAGUCGAAGUACACAAAAACUUUACCAUUAUCUACACAAGACAUAACGAUAAAACUGAAAUGCAGCAUUUAUUUAUCAUUUUUCUUUUGAUGAUUUUAAUCGGCGAGUUCCUGGAGUCGCCAACGAUGACCCUGACAGAUGCUUCGUGUUUGAGCGUGUUGAAAGAGAAGAAGCAUUACUACGGUCGGGUCAGACUGUGGGGAUCUGUUGGACACGGUUUCUCGGUCCCUAUAGUUGGCUUCUUUAUCCACGGGUUCCGGCAAAUCGUUUGCGGUGACACACACGGCGAUUAUUUCAUUUUGUUUAUCUUCUUCGCCGGCUUCGCUAUCUUCGCCUUCCUAACCGCUACGAAAUUCCGCUUCAGCUACGAAGACGAACAGCCGACAUGGCGUUCAGCGAUGUUUCUCAUGCGUUUCCGAUACGCGGUGUUUCUUCUGGUAGCUUUCUACCUCGGCUGCUGUCAUGGUUUCUUGUUGAAUUUCAUCAACUGGUAUAUCGAAGAUUUGGGCGCGACCACACUUAUCAUGGGGAUUGCUGGCGGUUUGAAGAGCCUCACCGACGUCCUGGUGUUCUCUUUGGCCGGGUACGUCAUAACAACGAUCGGCUAUGCAAACGUAUUGAACUGCACGCUGUUCUCAUACGCUCUAUGUUUCUUGGGCUAUUCCUACAUGCAGAAUCCUUGGUUCGCACUGCCUGUUGAGAUCUUACAAGCCGGGAGUUACGCCGCUACAUGGUCGGCAUGUAUAUCAUUUAUCGCGAAUGCUACUCCGAUGCAAUCACCCGCGACGAUUCAAG